GUGAACGCCUCACUGUCCCUUGGCCACGCCCCUCGUGUUGUGAACAUAGGCCGUAAAUAUGAAUGGUUGUGAAUCUAAAAUGGCUUGUGAGAUUGAGUGAUGUGUAAUUGAGCUACUAAACUUGUGCGGAUAUUUGUUUGUUUUUAUGUUUAUGGAGUUGUCUGUCUCUUUGUGCGGGUAAAUCCAGCUCAGCUCAUGGAUGUUUCCCUGCUGCGUGCUGGCCCCGAGUAGCAGCUAGCUACUGGAUUAGCAACUACAUUCAAGGCAUUGUUGACGUCUCUCCAAAACAUUUAUUCCCUGUUUAAAGUAGCGAAAUGACCUCAGCUUCGACUAAAGUUGGAGAGAUCUUCUCUGCAGCAGGAGCAGCCUUCACCAAACUGGGCGAGCUGACCAUGCAGCUUCAUCCUGUAGCUGAUGCCAGCCCUGCAGGCACUCAGACCAAGAGUACAGUCAAGAGGAAGAUGUUUGAAGACAGCUCCCUGGUGUCAUCUGAUGGCCCUAAAAAGACGAGCAAGAAGACAAGUGCCGCUAUGGCAAGACAGGCCACUGUGGUCCCUGUGCCUGGGGGUCAGGUUGUGAGCACUCCCACAAGAAUGCAGAGCCCAACUUCAGCCCAACUUCCUCUGAAGAAACAGAAAACUGCAGAUGUGACUCUCAGCGCCCUGAAUGACUCUGAUGUCAACAGUGACCUAGUGGACAUCGAGGGACUCGGAGACGGAUCAACCCCAAAGAAACUAAACACAUUUGAUCAAGAUAAUUUAAACCUGGACUCCAGUCUCAUCAUGAAUCCCAGUGACAUUCCAUUGCUCUCCCGCUGACCUCACAUUUUUCAAGGACUUCUUUUUUUGAUAGGACAAUAUGACUCAAGCAAGGUCUAAUAUUAUUUUAUAAAAAUAUCUUUGUCAGUAUUAUGUUUGUAUGGAUGAGAUAUUGUCCAUUUUAGUAAACUGUUUCUUUAAAGAACAAAAACAA